AUGGUUAUCUAUGUUUUCAGUGCUGUGGUGGUUCUUCGCAGCUGUAGCGGUUUAAUGAGUCAGCUAAUCUCCACUCAGUAUCAGCCAGGCACUCAUGCCACUCAACAGCCAGCAGCUGACGAUGACAAAGAUGUAUCUGAGUCGAUUGACCAUAUCGUCGACAUUCCCCCAAGCGUUCACAGGUAUUCCCGCUCCAAAUGGAGAAGAUUGAUGGAUAGAGAUAGGCAAUUCUUAGAUCCCUCAGCCGAUCACCAUCAAUUUGGUCAAAUGUCGUUAAACCUCGGUUACAACCCAGCCGAACAAAGUGAAAUCUCUUCUACAGGAACACCAGAUAACCAGUAUGUGAACUUUUCUCAUCAUUAUACCCAACAUCAACGUACCGAGGAUAGGGAAACCGGAGAGGCCAGGUCUAUGCUCCCUACCCACAUCAGGGAGAAGCACUCAACACAGGAAUUGCAUUUGUUGGGAUUCAAUAUCACAUAUAGUCCCGUUUGGCUUCAGUUCACUCUUUUAUCAUCAGCUAUUUUCGUAUUCUAUGUUGGAUAUGGCUAUAUGCAGGAACUUAUAUUCAAACUUCCGGGUAUGAAACCCUUUGGGAUGUACCUUACUUUAGUUCAGUUCAUUAUUUAUACUAUAUGUGGAUGGGCAGAGGGAACUAUGUACCACGAGACAAAGAGAAAGAUUCCUUUAAAAAUCUACUGUCUGCUUGCAUUUUUUACUGUUGCCACGAUGGGCCUUUCAAAUGCGUCUGUAGGCUACCUCAAUUACCCAACACAGGUCAUAUUUAAAUGUUGCAAGCUAAUUCCUGUUUUGAUAGGAGGGAUCAUUAUACAAGGGAAGCGAUAUGGUUGCAUAGAUGUGACGGCAGCAAUACUUAUGAGCGUUGGCUUGAUUAUGUUCACCUUGGCAGAUAGUAAGGUGUCCCCGAAUUUCGAUUCAAGGGGCUAUAUAAUGAUCAUUGGAGCACUUCUUGCGGAUGCUGUGAUUGGUAAUAUUCAGGAGAAAAAUAUGAGGAAGUACGGCGGAUCCAGCAACGAAAUGGUCCUCUACUCUUACUCUAUUGGGUCUGUCUAUAUUUUUGUGAUUACGAUCGGUACCGGAGAAUUUUUCAGUGCUUUCACGUUUUUCCUAGAGAAUCCUUGGAAGACGUACGGAUAUGGCUUAAUCUUCGGUUUUCUCGGUUAUCUCGGCGUGAAUGUGGUUGUUACACUUAUUAAGGUUUGUGGAGCGCUGGUGGCAGUGACAGUAACAACACUGCGUAAAGCACUCACAAUAGUUCUUUCCUUUAUUCUGUUCUCCAAACCAUUUACUGCGGAUUACUUGUGGGCAGGACUAAUCAUUCUUUUGGCAGUCUAUCUUAACUUGUACAGCAAAAACAAGCAAAAAUGGGAUGCAGAAUUAAAACGAGUAGUGAUGAAGCUCUUGCCAUCGUCAAAAGCGACCGUUUUUGUGAAGGAUAAUUUAUUGAUGGUUUAG